GCAUGCACACAGGCGAGUGGAGACCGAGAGUGAGCGAGACGAGAGUCUUCUCCAUCGACAGGGACAGAGAUCAAGCACCCUGAACUGAUUUGGGACUCUGAACUGAAAUGCCAGCAUUUGUCUCACCUAUAACCGAUUUAAAAUUAUAUUGUCAUAUUUUGCAGGACAACACAGCGGCCGUAAAUAGACGGUAACUGUAAAUAUAGUUUUGACUUGUCCUCAGUCGGUUUUUAUCAUUUUGUAUUCACGGCAUGACAUGUAAUCAUCUGGUAGUUUGAUGGGGCUUCUAAGGAUUAUGAUGCCGCCCAAGUUUCAGCUUUUGGCUGUUAUGGCAUUUGGAAUUGCCAUGAUGUUUAUCGAGAACCAAAUCCAGAAACUGGAGGAAUCUCGGACGAAGCUAGAGCGCACCAUCGCCAGGCAUGAAGUUCGGGAGGUGGAGCAGCGGCACAUGCAGGAAGGGGCCCGGGACUGGACACCGCUCGGAGACACAGAAGACGUGGUCAUCAUCUACAACCGGGUGCCCAAGACGGCCAGCACCUCAUUCACCAACAUCGCCUACGACCUGUGCUCCAAAAACCACUACCACGUGCUGCACAUCAACACCACUAAGAACAAUCCCGUCAUGUCCUUGCAGGACCAGGUGCGGUUUGUGAGGAACGUCACCACCUGGAAGGAGAUGAAGCCUGGCUUCUACCAUGGCCAUGUGGCCUUCCUGGACUUCUCCAAGUUCGGUGUGAAGGGGAAGCCCAUCUACAUUAACGUGGUGCGGGACCCUAUUGAGAGGCUGGUGUCCUACUACUACUUCCUACGCUUCGGUGAUGACUACAGGCCUGGCCUCAGACGGCGAAAGCAAGGGGACAAAAAGACUUUUGAUGAGUGUGUGUCGUCGGGUGGUUCCGACUGCGCUCCAGAAAAGCUCUGGCUACAGAUUCCCUUCUUCUGCGGCCACUACUCCGAGUGCUGGAACGUGGGUAGCCGUUGGGCACUGGAGCAGGCCAAGUACAACCUGGUGAACGAGUACCUACUGGUGGGGGUGACGGAGGAAUUGGAGGACUUCAUCAUGAUGCUGGAGGCUGCACUGCCACGCUUCUUCAAGGGGGCCACGGACCUCUACCGCACAGGUAAGAAGUCUCACCUGAGGAAGACCACUGAGAAGAAGCCACCCACCAAGGAGUCCAUCACCAAACUGCAGCAGUCAGACAUCUGGAAGAUGGAGAACGAGUUCUACGAGUUUGCCCUGGAGCAGUUCCAGUUUGUGCGCGCCCACGGUGUGCGGGAGAAGGACGGCGAGCUGUACAUUCUGGCCCAGAACUACUUCUAUGAGAAGAUUUACCCCAAAGUCUAGCCUGAGGGCACUGCACCCAGAGACACAACUUCAAUGGGUGGGAAGGGUUGGAGGAAAGGUGGUUACAGAGGGCAACAUGGACCCUAAUCCACCAGUCUCCAUACGGUCUUU